AUGGAAACAUUCAAUUCAGUAACCAACCAAGCGCCAAGUGUGAGAGCGUCUGACUGUCUGAAUUCAACCGAUAAUGUAUUAAGACCAGACCCAGACUUAGAUACACAAGCAAGUCUAGAUUUAAAUGCCCCAGCAAGCCCAGACCCCAAUCCACCAACAAGCCCAGAAUCAAAUGCUUCAUCAAGCAUUAGUUUUGUCAAUUAUGAUUCCGAAGCCUUUGAUUAUCAAGUUCCUACAGCAGCUGCAAAUAAUGUUACCAAAAUCAUAGAGCCAGUACAAAAUAUAAGUCAAAGCCCAGACUUCAAGUCAAAACUAACACAUUGGGCAUUAGAAGAAAAUAUUAGUCAUAAAGCACUUGACAAACUCUUACAUAUAUUAAAAGAAGAGCCUUCUUUAUCGAGCUGUUUACCACUCCAUGCUAGAACGCUUCUAAGAACUCCUCGACAAGUGAAUAUUCAAGAAAUUUCUCCAGGCCAUUAUUAUCAUUUUGGAAUUCAAAAUAACAUAAUAAAAUUAUUAUCAACUAUUAAUUUCAAAAUAGACGCUUCCACAUCGAUAGAUAUAUCCUGCCAUAUAGACGGAUUGCCUUUAAGUAAAAGCUCUAAUAGUAGUUUCUGGCCUAUUUUGUUCACAAUAGACUCAUAUAAAGAACUAGAAAAUCAAGUUAUGAUUAUUGGUUUAUAUCAUGGAUCCAAAAAGCCCAACAAUUCAAAUGAAUAUCUCUUACAAUUUGUUAAUGAAGCUAAACAUUUGAUUGAAAAUGGUAUUUCCUUCAACAGAAUGCACCUACCUUUUAAAAUUAAAAAUAUAAUUUGCGAUGCUCCAGCCAAAAGUUAUAUUUUGAACGUUAAAAUGCAUUCCGGAUAUUCUUCAUGUAAUAAGUGCACGCAAGAAGGACAUUACAUUGACAGAAAAGUGUGUUUCCCUGACAUCAACUUUACUAAGAGAACCGAUGAAAGUUUUAGGUCCAAAGAAGAUGAGGACUAUCACCUAAAUUACACAAUUAUUGAGCAAAUUCCUAAUUUUAACAUUGUGGAAAAUAUUCCAGUAGAUUACAUGCACAGUUUGUGUUUGGGCGUGAUGAAGCGACUGCUGGCCCACAAAAAAUACGGAUUUAUUUUUGGAAGUCCUCCAUACAAGUUACCAUGGAGAAAAACAGAUCUUCUCUGCCAACAUCUUGAAAAAAUACGAAAAUAUGUACCCAAGGAACUUCCUAGGAAGCCUAGAUCUGUUUUAGAAUGUAGACGCUAUAAAGCUACAGAAUUUAGACAUUUUAUACUUUAUUUGGGUCCAGUAGUUUUCAAAAAUAUUUUACCACAAAAUAUGUAUCAAAAUUUUUUGCUGUUACAUGUAGCAGCUUACAUUUUGUCCUCUGAAAUCUACUGUAAAAAUAAUGAUUUGGUAAAUUAUGCCCAUCAACUUUUAGAAUGUUUUAUAAAAAAUAGUGUGUCUAUUUAUGGUAAUGGUUUAUCGGUGUGAAACUAGCAGCCGCAUUACAGCAGCCAAAGUGUGAAGUUGGCAGCCAGUUACAGCAGCCAAAAUGUGAAGUUAGCAGCCUGUUUUAGCAGCCAUUUUUAAGACAACAUGGAUAAUGUCAUAACUAAAUUUUAAACUUUUGUUUCGAAAAAUAUAAUUUUUUCUCCAUUCGCCUGCGUGAUUAUAAGACGCAGAAGAAUCGAAAAAAAAAAUGUAGGUCGUGAAAAAUGGAGUUUCGCGAUUAACCUUGGUAGUAUCAUUGACGAUGUUCUAAAGAACAUCUAUACCGAGUCUCAUUUCCUUAGGCCUCGUCUAACAUGGAGAAAACGGGACAUAAUGGAAAAAUCGAUAAAAAAUCAAGAUUCACUUUCAAAAAUGGGUUCCGCGAUUAAACUUGGCAGUAUCAUUGAUGAUGUCCUAAAGAACUCCUAUACCGAGUCUCAUCUCCUUAGGCCCCGUCUGACAUGGAGAAAACGGGACAUAAUGGAAAAAUCGAUAAAAAAUCGAAAGUCACUUUCAAAAAUGGUGUUCCGCGAUUAAACUUGUCAGUAUCAUUGAUGAUGUCCUAAAGAACAUCUAUACCGAGUCUCAUCUCCUUAGACCCCGUCUGACAUGGAGAAAACGGGACAUAAUGGAAAAAUCGAUAAAAAAUCAAAAGUCACUUUCAAAAAUGGUGUUCCGCGAUUAAACUUGGCAGUAUCAUUGAUGAUGUCCUAAAGAACUCCUAUACCGAGUCUCAUCUCCUUAGGCCCGUCUGACAUGGAGAAACCGGGACAUAAUGGAAAAAUCGAUAAAAAAUCAAAAGUCACUUUCAAAAAUGGUGUUCCGCGAUUAAACUUGGCAGUAUCAUUCAUGAUGUCCUAAAGAACUCCUAUACCGAGUCUCAUCUCCUUAGGCCCCGUCUGACAUGGAGAAAACGGGACAUAAUGGAAAAAUCGAUAAAAAAUCAAAAGUCACUUUCCAAAAUGGUGUUCCGCGAUUAAACUUGGCAGUAUCAUUGAUGAUGUCCUGAAGAACUCCUAUACCGAGUCUCAUCUCCUUAGGCCCCGUCUGACAUGGAGAAAACGGGACAUAAUGAAAAAAUCGAUAAAAAAUCAAAAGUCACUUUCAAAAAUGGUGUUCCGCGAUUAAACUUGGCAGUAUCAUUGAUGAUGUCCUAGAGAACUCCUAUACCGAGUCUCAUCUCCUUAGGCCCCGUCUGACAUGGAGAAAACGGGACAUAAUGGAAAAAUCGAUAAAAACUCAAAAGUCACUUUCAAAAAUGGUGUUCCGCGAUUAAACUUGGCAGUAUCAUUGAUGAUGUCCUGAAGAACUCCUAUACCGAGGCUCAUCUCCUUAGGCCCCGUCUAACAUGGACAAAACGGGACAUAAUGGAAAAAUCGAUAAAAAAUCAAAAGCACUUUCAAAAAUGGUGUUCCGCGAUUAAACUUGGUAGUAUCAUUGAUGAUGUCGUAAAGAACUCCUAUACCGAGUCUCAUCUCCUUAGGCCCUGUCUAACAUGGACAAAACGGGACAUAAUGGAAAAAUCGAUAAAAAAUCAAAAGUCACUUUCAAAAAUGGUGUUCCGCGAUUAAACUUGGCAGUAUCAUUGAUGAUGUCCUAAAGAACAUCUAUGCUGAGUCGCAUUUCCUUAGGCCCCGUCUAACAUGGACAAAACGGGACAUAAUGGAAAAAUCGAUAAAAACUCAAAAGUCACUUUCAAAAAUGGUGUUCCGCGAUUAAACUUGGCAGUAUCAUUGAUGAUGUCCUGAAGAACUCCUAUACCGAGGCUCAUCUCCUUAGGCCCCGUCUAACAUGGACAAAACGGGACAUAAUGGAAAAAUCGAUAAAACUCAAAAGUCACUUUCAAAAAUGGUGUUCCGCGAUUAAACUUGGCAGUAUCAUUGAUGAUGUCCUGAAGAACUCCUAUACCGAGUCUCAUCUCCUUGGGCCCCGUCUGACAUGGAGAAAACGGGACAUAAUGGAAAAAUCGAUAAAAAAUCAAAAGUCACUUUCAAAAAUGGUGUUCCGCGAUUAAACUUAGCAGUAUCAUUGAUGAUGUCCUAAAGAACAUCUAUGCUGAGUCGCAUCUCCUUAGGCCCCGUCUAACAUGGACAAAACGGGACAUAAUGGAAAUAUCGAUAAAAAAUCAAAAGUCACUUUCAAAAAUGGUGUUCCGCGAUUAAACUUGGCAGUAUCAUUGAUGAUGUCCUGAAGAACUCCUAUACCGAGGCUCAUCUCCUUAGGCCCCGUCUAACAUGGACAAAACGGGACAUAAUGGAAAAAUCGAUAAAAAAUCAAAAGCACUUUCAAAAAUGGUGUUCCGCGAUUAAACUUGG